AUGCUUUCCAUCGGAUCCCUCUUGGCCUGCGUCGUCGCCGUCGCCGCAGGCCCAAACCCUGCUCUUGGCGUGCUUGUUGCCACUGGCACAAGCAGCUCCGUCCGUCCUAACCCAUCCCAGGUUUACAUCAACAGUAUUUCUUACGGCGGAACUGGAUGCCCACAAGGCUCUGUGGGAUCCUUCAUCUCAGAUAAUAGGCAGACGUUCACACUCAUUUUCGACUCCUACGUCGCAUCCAUCGGCCCCACUGUUGCCGCCACCGAGAAUCGCAAGAACUGCCAGCUGAACUUAGACCUCCAGUACCCAUCUGGCCAGUACAGCAUCUUCACAACGCAGUUCCGUGGCUACGCCGUUCUCGACAAAGGCGUACAGGGUACGCAGAAGGCCACAUAUUACUUCUCUGGCCAGCCCGAGCAGGCCUCCAGUUCUACCGUCUUUAAUGGCCCCAUCUCAACUGAUUAUGCCACUGGAUGCCAAAAACAUAGGGAUGUGGCCAUCAAUGGAGUCAUCUGUGAGGAGACCGGUCGCGCCAGUAACACUGCUAGUCAAACAGACCUAGGAGUUGAUGUUAAGUGGGAGAGCUUGUCCACAAGGAGACCAGAUGGUGGAGGUGAAUGGGACACUAUCAGAAACAGGCUUGCAUAA